AUGAGCGAGACAUGUACACAGCUAAACCAAUGGUGCCACGAUCAUCCCAGCGUGCACAAAGAACUGGAAGCACUCCGAGAGGCUGUGAAGGAGGCCCUCACAGAGGCACGGCGGUCCAGCUCCUUUUGUCAGAAGAUACAGCACAAUAUCAGUGAAUUUGUCCGCUCUGAUAAGCUAACGCGGAAGCAAGGUGAUGAGGCGCUUGACAAUGUUAAACUCCUUCGCUUGACCAUGAACUCCGUUGAUGAACGGUUAUUGUCGUUCGGAAAUUCCAUCAUUGGGAAAGUUCAGGAAGAGGUCCGUGAUAACACUCAUAAGGACCUUUCGGCGAAGCUGGACGUUUGUCUUGUCCAACUUGAGAAAAUUGAAGCCCAACAACGGGAGCAUGAGGGGAAACUGGAGGCGCUCGUGGCGGAGGCCGCGCACCGGCAGAGUUCAAUGCGAAAGCAGAUGAAGGGGUACGCCGUGAAAGUGGGUGCCAGCCUCCGCGCAUUGGAAGCGGGGUUGCGAUCUCAGCCACUGGCUGCCUGGCGGCACCCCGAUGGGCCAGGGGGCGCGGCAGCAACAGGAAUUGGGGCGGGGCUUCUAGAUGUGGGGCGCGAGGUGGUGAAUGUCCUGUCCGCUCUCUCCGGUCGACUUGAGGCGGAACGGCGAGUGUACGAAGAGGAACGACAGCGGUGGCUCCUGUUGAUGCAGCGGGUAGUUGAGAAGAUACGUGACCUGGGCGACCGAAACGAAGCGCUUGAGGUGGAGGUGCGAGAGCUACGACGCGUACCGGUGAGAUGCCCUGUGGACUGCCACGAGUCCAUCGGACGUGUUGCUGUUGAGCUUGAAGGCAAGUGUGGUAUCGUUAAUUCAGUUCCCGCUCUGGGGGAUGUUAUUCACUACAAUGGCAGCGGCUGUGGUUCGUGCAUAUCCACGCAGACGGAUUUCCACAUGCAAAGUCAGCUUGAUGAACUCAGGAAUGAGCUUGAUCGAAUGGGUCUGGCUGUGCGAGAACUACAUGCGGAACGUGAUCAGCACCAGUACGCAUUGCGCGAAAAUGAGGGGAGAAUAGUGGCGCUUCGACGAUCCCAAGAGAAUCUGGAAUCGUUAUUGAGAGCCAUGUGGUCAUGGAUGCAACGUGCGCAAAAUGAGUUACGCAACUGCAGGAACGAGCCUCAAGAAAUCCUAGGCGAUGAAAAAGGGACCCGAAAACAUCCUGUGGUUUCCGAAAAGAAUGGAGUUCAGCAAAUGUACUGGCCGAAGACAACAUCUGCACUAUAG